AUGAAGUCCGGCAUCCCUUCCUGGGAUGGCAGCGCAAGGACAUGGAGGCGAUACACACGGGAGGUGGCCUGGUAUGUUCAAGGAACUGCUGUUCACAAGCGCAGGUAUUGCGCUAGCCAACUACUUGGGAGAUUGACGGGGCCGGCACGCUUGCUGGCUAUGUCAUGGUCGAGAAUGCUGGUGGAUCGCCACGACGGGACGAAGAUCCUCCUAAGGAAGCUGGCAGCAAGCCCGCUUGUACGGAAGAGCUUGCCAAAUGCUGCGGCGAUCUGUCAACAGUACUUCGCCUUCAGAAGAAGUCACCAGGAAAGCAUCGGCAACUUCCUGGUGAGGGAGACGCUGGUUCACGAAGAGUUCUGUGAAGCCAUCAUCAGGCUCUACGAGGAGAAGCAGGGAGUAUCUCAAGAAGAUCGCGAUUUCGGACUUCCUGCUGACGAGUGGGAAGAUGCUACUUGGUCCGCUACCACAUGGGCAUCUUGGAACUGGGAAGAAGAGGAAGGACCUGAUGAUCCAGAACCUGAAGAACCAGAUGGUGCUGAGCAAACUGGUGAGACCGCGGAAGAAGAGGCAGCAACACCUACCCAGGGUGCCCCGGUUGGAGCCACCGGCUCCUCUCCCAGCAACCGUGGGACCAUGACUGGUGCCGAACGAGAUCGUGGCGAUGGCGCAGCAUCAGCCAGGGGCGGGCCUGUGGAGACUGUGGAUGAGCUCACGCUGGCCGACAGCUUCAUCAUGGGUGUUCUUCGUGGUUGGAGGUUGUUGCAGGCGGCAGGGUUGUCUCCCGAUGAGAUGAGAGAUAUCUUGUCGGCCACGAAGAACAGCUUGGACUACGAUAUGAUUGCCACCGCGUUGCAGAACUUGUGGGAUGACCAGCUCCUUGGCAAUCGGAACCGGACCAAACCUGGCUACCACAUGAAGUAUGUGCACGAACAUGACGAGUAUGCCAACGCGUUCUACCAGGACUACAACCACGAAUGGAACGAUGACGGCUGGUGGGAGGACGGCUACUCGUACUACAUGGGACAUGACGAUGAGUGGUGGAAUGAUGAUUGGUCUGCGGCUGAGACCAUGGGAGCCCAACAAGCAGAGCAAAUGGCGGAGUCUCUUGCGUUGGUGGAGGCCCAGCGUACAUGGACGGAGGCACAGAAAGCAACGGCUGCACUGAAGAAGGACCGCGGCUUUGGUGCUACGUUGGCAGCUACGCAGGGGCCUAUGAAGUGCUUCAACUGCGGUGGGCCCCACAUGGCAAGAGAUUGCCCCGAUCGACGUCAUCCAUACUUUGGUAAGGGCAAGGGCAAAGGCAAGUCCAAGCAGGGCUACAUGACGGACAUGGAUGCGUACUACGUGAAGGGCAAGUCCAAAAACGCGAAGGGGAAGAACAAGAAGGGCUUCUACAUGGAUGCUGAUGCCGUGUGGAAAGGCAAGGGCAAGAGCAACGACUGGUUGCCCCGCACCGUGAAUGCCUACAGCAGUGACAUGUACAUUGGCGGUCUGGAGCUCACAUCGUCAAUGGAAGCCGCUACCGCAACGUCCACGACUACCAGACCUGAGCUGGGCAUGGUUGAUUGCGGCGCUACGGCGUCAGCCGCGCCAGAGGCAGUGGUCAAAGGGCUCAUUGCCUCAAUCCUAGAGAAGGACCAUGGAGCUCGAGUGGACAUCGAUCAGAGUGCUCGGCCAUAUUUUCGCUUUGGUGAUGGUCGUUGGGGUCGGGCGCUUUACCGCGUACAACUGUCUAGCUCGGUUUCGGGAUCCACUAGGAGCUGCGCCCUCUAUGCCUUACCGAACCCCAAGGAGUACUUUCAAGCCGGGUUUGACAAGGCCUCCUUAGUGCCCAUCUUGAUCGGUAUGGAUUUCUUGGGGAAGGUCGGCAACGGGAUGAUCAUAGACUUUACCACGGGUUUGUCUACGAGCACGAAAGAUGAAAAUCCCAAGGUUCUUCAACUUUCCCAGAAUCACAAGGGACACUUCAUGCUGGACAUUACUGAUUUGAUUUGGCAGCUGCUGACACGGAACAUGAUCUGCAUCAAUCACGACUUCGAUUGCUUGAGAUGUACCAGCGUUCACGACAACUGCAAGGCAUCCCUAUCUCAGCCCAUUUCAGAUCGAUGCUCGCGACUGCACAGUCGCUUGAAGCCCCGACAACAUCCCCUACUCGCUUUUCGAAUCAUGUCGACGACCAACGUGAACAUCGACACGGAGGCGGCCGAGAUCCUUGCAGCGGCGGCGAAGGCCAAGGCCCAGACGGUGAAGCAACGUCCUCGCUCAUUGGACCCCACGCGCUGCAUGAAGAUGGACAAGAGGGAUCCCAGGGCACAUCCCAAAUGCUGGCCGUGCUACGGCGACCACCUGCCCAGCACAGCACAAUCCAAUGCCCAUGGCCAGUGGGUGCAAUGCCAGGUCUGCAACCUGCGCCUUCUGUACACGCCAAGAAAGGGAUCACCGUCAAACACGACACAAACACACAAUGCUGCCACGGUCAAGAAGAUGCUGGAGCAACUCAAGACCUUGCUGAAUGGAGCACGACCCACUUCCAAGGUGUGCCACCACAUGAUGGCGAAGAUCUAUGCGGAGGAGGUCUUGGAGAAGUCGAUCAAGGAGUUGCUCACCGCGACGGCCCCGACGACACGACGAACCAGCUACCCAUCCACCGCACCGGCGAACGACGUGACCGCGACGGCAAUCCACACCAACGAGGACGACCAAGACGAGGAGCUGAUUGUGGACUACGAGGCCGAAGCAUUCCUGGCUGGCUAUGACUUGUACAAGGAGGCAACGUGGGAACAACUACGAGACCUUCGGCAACAAAAGAGGCCUCGGCGUUUGUGGUUUUCGCUGCCGUGCACGAAGUGGUGUCCAUGGACAGCAGUUAACUUUCGGGACUCCGAAAGGAAAGAGGUCCUGGAGGCACAACGACGGAAGGAGAGAAAGAUGCUUCGACACGCCGCAAAGUUCAUCAUGGAGACGCUCCAAGACGAUCCAGACGUCGACAUCUACGGGGAGUGGCCUACUCGCUGCCUGGGGUGGUCACAACAGGCGAUGCUGGACUUGAAGGCGUGGCUGGACCAGAAUGACUUCCCAUGGCUACCAUGUCGGGUAGAUGGUUGCGUCUACGGACUUCGAGACAGUCAUGGGGAGGCCUUCGUUCACAAACGGUGGACCAUCAUGACAUCGAACGAGCGCUUUCAUCAUGAGUACAGGUCCAAGCUAUGUCCAGGGAACCACACCCACAGCAGCAUCACUGGAGGAGAGACUUCCAGGACCGCCUACUAUCCGUGGCGCAUGGUGGAGGCAUUCGUGAGGACCUGGAAGAAGCAAGUGGUUCCUGAUCGACAUCAUGCGCUACUAUCGCUUCGUGAUGAUCUACCAGCACUUCAAGAUUUGCCGGAACCCACCGAUGUACUCGAGGAGGCUGAGGUGGACCUGGUGGAUGAAGCGGUAAUGAUGGCAACCGUGCUGGAGGAACAUCACUACAUGGUUGAGGCAGACCGACUACAACUAGAACACCGAGCGCGAGAGGCCUGUGCUCGAGGACAAUUGGAGAUUGCCGACUGCGAAGGCAUCAUACAACAACUUUUCGAGCACAACAAGCGAGGUGGUGAACCGCAUCAGCGUGGGACCACGUCUGGGAAAAACAGCUUCGCUUUUGGGGCCUAUUCGCACGGCGCCUUCAUGGGAGUCCUCAACUAUACCAAACAGUACCCCGAGGUUGUCAAGUAUGUCAACAAGUUCCUUCGUCGACAUCUACCACCAGGUGCUCUGUGGUCCAGCGUGGCGAUAAACCUCAACGUCAAGACGUCGGUACAUUGUGAUCACAACAAUCUUCCGGAGGCACCCAGCUACCUGAUUGGGCUUGGCUCUUACUCUGGUGGAGGCUUAUGGUGUCAAGGACAACCACCUGAUGGAGAGAGAGGAGUGCAUCGAAGGCUGCCAAGUGGACGGAUGGUUCGCGGCUAUUUGCAACCAACGCACCAUCAGGUCGUGAAGUUCGACUCCAAGAAUGGACAUGCCACCCAAUCGUGGAAGGGAAAUCGGAUCGUGAUCGCGACCUAUGUGACGAGGCUGGCGUCGCAGCUGCCCACGAACGACAAGGAAUACCUGGUGGAUGUGGGCUUUCCCAAGAAGGCACUUGAGGGCCCAAACUACCAGUUCGCUGUGGAACAAGGACAGUCUUCUUCACCCUCUACAACGACCACGACAACGCCGAGUGAGACUGCACUGCCUCCUGGUGUGGAUAAGAAGGAGUAUGAAGCUUGGAAGGCCAAGAUUGCGAAGUUCCACCGAGCGGCUGGGCAUCCGACGAAUCGGAAUCUUGCCAGCAUUGUGGAAGAUGGUGGACAUGCUGAGUGGAAGGUUCGAGCCGCUCUCGAACACAAGUGUCCGGCCUGUGAGGCUGGAAAACUGGGUGGAACCAGUGCUGGAACGAUACCACCUACCAGCACACAACCACACUAUCGAGCGUGGGAAGCAGUUACGGUGGACGCAGCUGAAUGGCCAGUGCCUGGCUCCAAACAAAAGGUGAAAUUUCUCCUCUUCAUGGACUACGCCACCAAACUACGGGCUGUGGCUCCGUUGAAGAUUUACGACGCCCUGUCCAUGGAUGCAGAGUCGGCCGACAUGGUGAUCCAAAGCUUCGCAGAGAAAUGGCUCAGUGUGUUUCCUAAACCGAAGGUGGUGAUCAUGGAUGCUGCGAAGACCUUCACGUCGGCAAGGGUACAUGAGUUCCUGGCAUCCGUCAACAUCCUUCCACACUUCGUAGCGGAGACGGAACACUGGAGUCAUGGAGUGGCAGAAGCAGGAGUCCAAGAUGUCAAGACCACGGCGACAGCAAUUCAAAGGGACGCGCUACAUCAAGAUCCACGGGUGACGUUGUAUUUGGCCGUUGCGUCGCUGAAUUCCACGGAGUACACGGCAGGGUAUUCGGCUUAUCAGUGGGCCUAUGGUCAGAACUACAACAUCACGGAUGAAGACUACCGGACCUUUGCGUCUAUACCUGCAACCCAACAACAGGACUUCACUGCCCUGGUAACGGCCCGACAGCAAGCUGAGGAGAUCGCCAGACGAACCAAGGCCCAACGUGUCCUCACUCGCCUGGCAAACACUUCCGUUCGACAACCGCUGCGAGAGUUCAAGGAGAUGGACUUGGUGAAAAUCUGGAGGCAGGACGACCUCAUUGGAUUGGACCUGGGCGAGUGGUUUUUCACGAGAUUCUUCCUCAUCAAGAACAGGGAGAACUACACCAAAUGGAAAACCCUGGCCGACAUCCUCCCUCGAAGAGAAUACCAAGACGUCGUUGAUGAGGAACCUGAUGAGAAUGAGCGUGAAGUGCCUGAUCUACCUGAUGAACCAGACAGCACGACGACGGUGGUGGCUCCUGUUCGACGACUACGCCAAAAGACAUCCUUCAAGCCGGGCGAGUGGACGGAGCAUCCUGUGCGAGACCGGCUACAAGAUGAGGUGGAGAAUGUCAACGAUUAUGGACCAAGUACCAGUGGAGAUGGAAAUGUGGAAGCGUCACAAGGGUCUGGACAAGGCCGAGAUGAUGCCCCGAUACGCGAACCACCACAAGCCAAGCGACACAAGGUCGAGGGAGCAGAUGAUCCACGGCGAUCGACUACCAUCUCUGAAGCCUCUUGGGUCGAGGCACUUCAUGCUGAAGCGGAGGUGGAGAGUCAGGAAAUGGACAUUCUUACGGCGCUCAACGAGACGGUCGAGUUCCUGAAGAUCGAGUUUGAAAUACCAUCGGUGACAAGCAACCGGCAGGCAAAGAUGUUGGAGCGCAACCCCGUUGCAUACCUGGUCAAGAAGAUGCGGGACUCGGAGGUGGUGCUGUCAAAGAUCUCGCCUGACGAACGUCGUCUCUUCGAGAGAGCGAAGACAAAAGAGGUGGACUCAUUUCUCUCGAAUGAAGCCGUUCGCAAAUGCCUGUCGAACCAAGAGAUCCGUGAAGCCUACGACAGCAACCGCAUUGUCAAGGCCAGAUGGGUGCUGACGUGGAAGCUGGUGCCACCAGAAGACAGGGAAGCAGCCAAGGUAGAUGCCAUGGAGAACCCCAGCACCCUGCACAAUCGAGAUGGCUCGCGAAAGGCCAAGGCGCGUAUUGUACUACUUGGAUUCCAACAUCCGAGUUUGUUGGACAGGAACUUCAAGACGGCAGCCCCUGUCCAGUCCACCAUUGGCCGGAACUUGUUGUACCAGAUGUCCGCGCAACACCAGUGGGAGAUCGAGGGUCUGGACCUGGCGACGGCUUUCCUUCAGACACAGCCAACAGAAGCAGAUGAGCGAUUGUGGACGACAGGAGUGGAGGAGUUAAGAAACGCUCUGAAUGUUGGUUCUGAAGGGAUCAUGCGAAUCCUUCGGAAUAUCUAUGGGUCCACGACGGCACCAAGGGGACUUUGGCUGGACCUCCACAAGAAGCUGACGGCCAUGGAUGCAAUACCGGUCAUGGCGGAGCGAUGCCUGUGGAUUUGGCUGUCCAAGGAGCGAAAGGACCGUGAUCUUCCCCUGGUGAUUGGAGCUAUGGGUGGACAUGUUGAUGACUUUCAUCGACUUGGAGAUGGUUCACCAGAAUGGCUGGAGAUCAAGAAGAAGAUCGACACGGCGUAUCGCUGGGGAAUGGCCAAGAAAGGCAACUAUCGACAUGCUGGAACGGAUGUCGCAACCGUGUGGCAGCCCGACGGCAAUUUCGCAAUCGAGGUGGAUCAGUCCUACUACGUGGAGGGAAUCCCCGAUCUUGCAAUUCCUCCUGAACGACUCCGAGACAAUGGAUCCCUACGUCCCCAAGAAGUCGGCGCUUGCAGAACAACACUUGGGGCAUUACAAUGGUUGGCCAUUCAGACCCAACCUCAACUAUGUGCCAGGUGCAACAUCCUCUUGACAGAGAUCGUGGUGGAAGGAACCCUAGCUCAUGCGCGAGAGAUCCAAGAUAUGUUGGGGGAAGUUCGCAGGCACUGCGUGAAGCUCCGUUUCUUCAAGAUACCCACUGCCAAACAUUGGACAGAACUGGUUGUGAUCUCUAUGGGGGAUCAAGCUCACACAAACCGACCUCGAGGAGAUUCGACUGGAGGUAUGGUGACGAUGAUAGCUGGCCCGGAAUCGCUGCUGGGAAAAGUCUGUCCGAUGACCUUGGUGGCAUGGCGAACGUGGAAACUGCAGCGCAAGUCUAUAAGCUCCAAUGACGCGGAGGUUCAGAGCAUCCUGGAGGCCGAGGACCAGAACUUCCGAGUGAGAUUGGUAUGGACCGAGCUACAUGGAGCUUCCCGACGAAGCAAUCCACGAGAGAACCUGGUGUUCGUGGCCGAACAGCAGAUCAUGCAAGUGCGUGGAGUUCUUUGCACGGACUCCCGGGGUGGUUACGAUGCUGUGGAAGUGAACGAGAGUCCACUGCUGGGACUCUCAAAUCUACGGGCGGCAUUGCAGGCCUUCCAGUUAAGGGAGAACCUCAGAAGAGUUCGGUGCGAGCUCAGAUGGGUGGCCAGCGACUACGACCUUGCUGACGGCCUCACGAAGAAAAAGAGUGAUGCCCGCAAUGGACUCAUGAAGUUUCUCGAGACCUGGUUGUGGUCGAUCGCCUUCGACAAGAACUUCGUCAGUGCCAAGAAGUCGAAACAGCAAGGGAGCACAGCAAUUGGCAAGGUGGAUGACUACUUGAAUGCCCGCUCGAACGCCACAUGUGUACAGAUGCCAUCGCUGAACGAGUUUUGUGGUGGUGCAGAGAGUCAUGUCAUCGAUGGCAUGUACAUGUACAGUGAAGAACCACCCAACUUGUAA